AGAGUGUACUCAGUUUUUUGGCUUUCUAAAAAGAAUAAUGGAGUCAAGAUUGAUGAUAAUGAAGUCAGGGCAUAAUAACGAGGGAUCACGUGCCAGUACAAGCACAGACGCUGAAAAUGUUGAUCCUCUUACAACAAAUAUAUCAUCUGAGAAAGAAUUUCUACAUGCUCUAUGGUCAGGGAUGAACGGAAUGGAUCCUAAACUCCGCAGCGCUUUCUUGUUUGGAGCUGCUGUGUUCCAAGUUCAUCAGUUGGCAAACAUGAUGAGCUCUGCCACCUUAGAUUUCCAAGCUAGAAACUUAUUUUCCGACACCGAUCUGGAUUUUGGAAAAGAAUUUUUUACAUUAUUUCCGGAGAUGGUACGUAUCACGGCCUUCAUUUGGUGUAUUUUUCUAGAGGUGAUCCUGCUCUGGCGUGUGCAUCCUGCAGCUCAGUGUGCUCUUAUGCUCCUCAUGAUGUAUGCGCCGCUAUAUUAUUUCGCUGAUCUAGCACGCAAGGUUUCUGGGAUUGGCGUAAAUUGCAAGACAUUCAAGAUGCCGGCCUUAUGGUUUGCUGCGGUAGGGGGUGUUGGCAUCUCUUUGGUAGCCGGUUUGAUGAUUUUGGGGGUGGUGUAUGGUGCAUGGCUAUACACACACAAGAGAGGACUGACAGUGAGGGAAGUAGUGAUCAGUCCAAAUGCCAUAACACAUACUCUGGACAAUAUAUGAUGACUCAUACAUCUUUGUAUUGUGUGUAAACCUAACAACUUAUUCUGUCUUGCUAUAAGUUACUCAUGUGUGAUACUUCUUGAUAAGAUAAUGCUUUAU